UAUCAUGUACUGGCACGUGGUAGAAAUUUUUUACUUUAGGGAAUUGUUACAAAAUGGUCCAAUAAUUAAAAAUUUGAUAAAUCAUCAUAAAUAUUUUCUAGCCGUGAAUGUCUGAAGCCCACUUGGUUUUUUGAGGACCAAUAGUAUGCGCAGCAGAGAAUUUAACGAAAUCACAGCAGAAUCAGCCGCUUUAUCUUACCAACAAGUCCGUGAAAAAAUAAUGCAAGGAGAGAUGGACGUUAACACAAAAUAUCCAGGAGCUUCAACCGAUCCAUCAGUUUUACAAUUAGCCGUCAAAGAACAAGACUCCGAAUUUAUUGACCAUCUUCUUCAGAAUAACGUCGACGUCAAUGUUGCCACUAGGUCGUGUGAGCCAGCGUUAAAUCUCGCAAUCCGCGCAAACAAUCCCGAGUUGGUUAAAAAAUUAAUCAGUUCAGUCACUGAUUUAAAUUCCGCAUCGUAUAAUUACAAAGAAGACUAUGAUAAUUGGCCGCGACUUUACGUGCUUGGUAAAAAAUGGCAUGGAAUCAAAUACAAUUUCCCGCCGGGUUUCCGUCAGCAGGCUGUCAAAAAAUCAACACCCUUAGCGACUGUCCUUGACUUGGCAAUAACUGUCGGGAGUAUUGAAAUAAUUGACAUAUUAUUGAACGCGGGAGCUAAAAUAAAUCCAUCUACCAAAGGUAUUAAGCCUCUGCACUGGGCAAUUGCUCAAAAUAAAUAUGAGAUUGUUGAACAUCUGAUAAAACAUGGAGCAGACAUCAACGAUAUAUCUGAUUACAGAACACCCUUACAAAUUGCCGUUGAAAAAGAAAGUAAAAAAAUGGUAGAAUUACUUAUUGAGAAGAAAGUUGAUAUUGAUAUAUGUCCGCCAAAUGGUCAACCAGCUAUCAAUAUUGCGAUAGAGAAUAAUUAUUCGGAGAUAGUAUACAUAUUGCUGGAUGCUGGCGCUGCGGUAAAUCCUGGCAUACAAAUAUGCCCACCAUUAUUUGAAGCUAUUUGUGCAAAAAAUUAUGAACUCGCUAAGCAUUUGAUUAAUCUUGGAGCUGAUGUUAAUGUUAAUUCCAACAAAAAAACACUAGUACAAUUAGCUAUUUUGGUAGACGAUAAAAAAAUCUUGGAGCUACUGAUUAAAAAUAAAGCCAACAUGAAUGUAAGUACUGGUAUAGGAACUGCUCUACAUGUAGCCGUUCAAAGGGGUUGUUUAGAUUACGUUAAAAUUUUGUUGAAAGCUGGUGCUGAUCUUUAUGCACCUUCUCAUCUAGGCACAUUAACACAUUUUUCACUUUCUCUUGGUAAAGAAUUUAUAUUCGAUUUCCUGCUGGACAUUGGUAUUAAUUUGAUUCAAGAUAAUUACCUGGCGCUAGUCAAUGCUGGUGGUUUUGACAGUCAUAAUGAUGAUCUCAAGAUAAAGAUUAAAAAUUAUGUUGUGAAGUUGAAAGCUGGUGAUUUUCAUGUCGAGCCGAAAAAUUUUAAGUUUCUUGAAGAUGAAGAGUUCAAUGUUUUUUAUAAUGAAUGUCGCAAAGAAAUUGAAUUGAUGAAAAAUAGCAAAAUUAAAGGAACCAGUUGUAGUUACUACGAUGUACUGCACAAAAGUAAACAAGAAUUGGCUACUGAUUUGGAAAAUAUUGGUGACAAUGUUGGAGUUUUGAAUGAAGAACAAUUAAGAUCCAAGUUUCCGUUGUAUGGAGGAAUGGUUUGCUAUCGACUGGAAUAUGAGCAGGGAAAAAAUUUGGGUGAAGCUGCUGGCGAUCAUUUAGCGACCUCAUUGCUAAUGAAUUCGUCAUUUUCAUGUUUACUUGAUACCGAUGAUGAUAAUGAUGAUAAUGAUGAUUUGGAUACUGAUACUGAAGAUGACAAAAGAACCAACAUCGAAUUUGAAAAUAAUAAAAUGGCAGCAGAGUCAGCCGCUUUAUCUUACCAACAAGUCCGUGAAAAAAUAAUGCAAGGAGAGAUGGACGUUAACACAAAAUAUCCAGGAGCUUCAACCGAUCCAUCAGUUUUACAAUUAGCCGUCAAAGAACAAGACUUCGAAUUUAUUGACCAUCUUCUUCGGAAUAACGUCGACGUCAAUGUCGCCACUAGGUCCUGUGAGCCAGCGUUAAAUCUCGCAAUCCGCGCAAACAAUCCCGAAUUGGUCAAAAAAAUAAUCAGUUCAGUUACUGAUUUAAAUUCCGCAUCGUAUAAUUACAAAGAAGACUAUGAUAAUUGGCCGCGAUUUUACAUACUUGGUAAAAAAUACCAUAAAAUCAAAAACAGUAACCCUCCGGGUUUCGAUCAGCCGGCUGUCGAACAGCCAACACCCUCAGGGACUGUCCUUGACUUGGCAAUAACUGUCGGUAGUAUUGAAAUAAUUGACAUAUUAUUGAACGCAGGAGCUAAAAUAAAUCCAUUUACCAGCGGUAUUAAGCCACUGCACUGGGCAAUUGCUCAAAAUAAAUAUGAGGUUGUUGAACAUCUGAUAAAACAUGGAGCAGACAUCAACGAUAUAUCUGAUUACAGAACACCCUUACAAAUUGCCGUUGAAAGAGAAAAUAAAAAAAUAGUAGAAUUACUUAUUGAGAAGAAAGUUGAUAUUAAUAGAGGUGGGACGAACGGUAAAUCAGCUAUCAAUAUUGCUAUAGAGAAUGAUUAUUUGGAGAUGGUAUACAUUUUGCUGGAUGCUGGCGCUGCGGUAAAUCCUGACAUGCCAGUAUGCCCACCAUUACAUACGGCUAUUUUUGAAAAAAAUUACGAACUUGCUGAGCAUUUUAUUAAUCUUGGCGCUGAUAUUAAUGUUAUUUACAAAAGAAAAACACCAGUACAGCUAGCUAUUUCACGAGAUGACAAAAAAAUAUUGGAGCUAUUGAUAAAAAAUAAAGCUAACUUAGAUAUUUUCACAGAUGAGGGCAUUGCUCUACAAACAGCUGUCUGUUGGGGUAAUUUGGAAUGCAUGAAAAUUUUGUUGAAAGCUGGUGCUGAUCUUUAUCCACCUUAUCCACGUACAUUGGCACAUAUAUCACUUGAUUAUCAUAGAGAAUUUAUAUUUGAUUUCUUGUUAGACAUUGGUAUCAAUUUUAUUAAUGAAAGUUACCUGACGCUAAUCAAUGCUGGUCAUAAGAGUCAUGAUGAUGCUCUCAAGAUGAAAAUUAAAAAUUAUAUUGUCAAGUUGAAGGCUGGUGAUUUUCAUGUCGAGCCCAAAAAUUUGCAGUUUGUUGAAGAUGAAGAAUUCAAUGAUUUUUAUAAUAAAUGUCGCAAAGAAAUUGAACUGAUGAAAAAUAGUAAAAUUGACGGAACCAGUUGUGGUUACUACGAUGUACUGCACAAAAGUAAACAAGAAUUGGCUGCUGAUUUAAAAACGAUCGGUGACAAUGUUGGAGUUUUGAAUGAAGAACAAUUAAGAUCCAAGUUUCCGUUGUAUGGAGGAAUGGUUUGCUAUCGACUGGAAUAUGAGCAGGGAAAAAAUUUGGGUGUAACUGCUGAUGAUCACGUCAGUUUAGCGACCUCAUUGCUAAUGAAUUCGUCAUUUUCAUGUUUACUUGAUGCCGAUGAUGAUAAUGAUGAUGACGACGUUUUAGAUACUGAUACUGAAGAUGACAAAAGUUCUACAAAUGAAACUGAAGGAGUUGCUAAAAAGAAAAAGAAAUUAACAAAACUCAAUGAGAUUCUCACAUUGGCAGUCAAAACCAACAUCGAAUUUAAAAAUAAUAAAAUGACAGCAGAGUCAGCCGCUUUAUCUUACCAACAAGUCCGUGAAAAAAUAAUGCAAGGAGAGAUGGACGUUAACACAAAAUAUCCAGGAGCUUCAACCGACCCAUCAGUUUUACAAUUAGCUGUCCAGGAACAAGACUCCGAAUUUAUUGACCAUCUUCUUCGGAAUAACGUUGACGUCAAUGUCGCCACAGAGUCCUGUGAGCCAGCGUUAAAUCUCGCAAUCCGCGCAAACAAUCCCGAGUUGGUUAAAAAAAUAAUCAGUUCAGUCACUGAUUUAAAUUCCGCAUCGUAUAAUUACAAAGAGGACUAUGAUAACUGGCCGCGAUUUUACAUACUUGGUAAAAAAAUCCAUGAAAUGCAAAACAGUUUUCUUCUGAGUAUGGGUCAGCCGGCUGAAAAAGAGUCAAUACCCUCAGGGACUAUCCUUGAUUUGGCGAUAACUGUCGGCAGUAUUGAAAUAAUUGACAUAUUAUUGAACGCAGGAGCUAAAAUAAAUCCAUUUACCAGCGGUAUUAAGCCAUUGCACUGGGCAGUUGCUCAAAAUAAAUAUGAGGUUGUUGAACAUCUGAUAGAACAUGGAGCAGACAUCAACGAUAUUUCUGAUAGCAGAACACCCUUACAAAUUGCCGUUGAAAAAGAAAAUAAAAAAAUAGCAGAAUUACUUAUUGAGAAGAAAGCUGAUAUUAAUAGAGUCGGGCCAAAUAGUACAUCAGCUAUUAAUUUUGCAAUAGAGAAUAAUUAUUCAGAAUUGGUAUACAUAUUGCUAGAUGCUGGCGCUCCGGUAAAUCCUGGCAUAGAAGUACGCCCACCAUUACUUGCGGCUGUUUUUGCUAGAAAUUACGAACUUGCUGAGCAUUUGAUUAAUCUUGGAGCUGAUGUUAAUGUUAAUUACAAAAGAAGAACACCAGUACAGCUAGCUAUUUCAAGAGAUGAUAGAAAAAUAUUGGAGCUACUGAUUAAAAAUAAAGCUGACAUGAAUAUAAGUACAAGUAUGGGAACUCCUCUUCAUACAGCUGUCUUUAGCGGUAAUUUAGAAUGCAUUAAAAUUUUGUUGAAAGCUGGUGCUGAUCUUUAUCCGCCUAAUUUAAGUACAUUGUCACGAUUUUCACUUUCUCAGAAUAAAGAAUUUGUCUUUGAUUUCUUGUUGGACAUUGGUAUCAAUUUUAUUGAUGACAGUUACCUGACGCUCAUCAAUGCUGGUUCUGGUAAGCAUGAUAAUGCUCUCAAAUUGAAGAUUAAAAAUUAUAUUGUCAAGUUGAAGGCUGGUGAUUUUCAUGUCGAGCCGAAAAAUUUGCAGUUUGUUGAAGAUGAAGAAUUCAAUGAUUUUUAUAACGAAUGUCGCAAAGAAAUUGAACUGAUGAAAAAUAGUAAAAUUGAAGGAACCAGUUGUAGUUACUACGAUGUACUGCACAAAAGUAAACAAGAAUUGGCUGCUGAUUUAAAAACUAUUGGUGACAAUGUUGGUGUUUUGAAUGAAGAACAAUUAAGAUCCAAGUUUCCGUUGUAUGGAGGAAUGGUUUGCUAUCGACUGGAAUAUGAGCAGGGAAAAAAAUUGGGUGAAACUGCUGAUGACCAGUAAAAUUUAUGGUCCAAAUUUAUUUUUAUACCAGAAAAUCCUCAAUAUUUUUGUAAUUAAAUAAGAUUAUUUUUUAUGCCGAUCAAGAUUUCUACCUCAGUAAACAAAUAAUUAAUUAUUAUACAGAACUUAAAUAUUUGUACUACUAUUAAUAUGCAAUUAGUCAUAAGAUCAAUUACGCGAGUAAUUAUGUAAAUAAUGAUUGUUAUGAUUUAUAAAUAAACGUCUACUGACAAUAGACAAUUUGAAUAAAAAGACAUUUUUAAUUCGACUUCAAAGAUUUAAAUAAAAUAUUGAUAGCGUUAAUUUUGUAAAGUAGAAGGAAGCGCCGUGCAGUAAAUAAAGUAACUCGCGUUAAUAAAUAAUUGAAUAAAUAAAUAAAAAUGAUAAAGUCAUUGCUGUCAUUCAUACCGUCUCAUUCAGACAAAAAGACCGUGUGUAAAAAAUCUAAUGAAAAAGUUAACGAAAAUCUUUUAUUUGUUUUGGUUUCGCUGGUCGGCUUGUGCCUUUUACGCGUUGAUUUUAUUGUUAUACUCAUCAUUGUAAUUCUCAUGUACAUGCUGUAUAUAAACAGCGUCAGCUUAGCGACCUCAUUGCUUAUGAAUUCGUCAUUUUCAUGUUUACUUGAUGCCGAUGAUGAUAAUGAUGAUGACGACGAUUUAGAUACUGAUACUGAAGAUGACAAAAGUUCUACAAAUGAAACUGAAGAAGUUCCAAAAAAGAAAAAGAAAUUACCAAAACUCGAUGAUUAAUUUCUGUUAAAAUUUUCACUUUAUAUUAGUUGAGAAAAACUGAAUAAAUUUAUUUGAAAUCAUUAAUUUCUUUAAAAGUUAAUGCUUAUAUUAGUUAAGA